AUGCCUCCCACUGGCGGCGAGGCCUGCCGUCCUCCCGGCGACUACCGCAUCAACAGUCACCCGACCACCGACCCUCAUACCUCGGUGGAAGACUACAACCGAGUCAUGCUCGAAUACACCCAGCGCCGGAUGGCGGGUUUCGCCGAGUUCGACGACGACAAGGGCUCGUUCCCGAGCCGGAGCAGCCGCAGCAGUCAGACCAGCGGCAACAGCGGCACCUCGACCAGCGGCGUGCUGGCCCGUCAAGCGGCUGGACCGACGUCCACUUCGGCUGGGUCUCCUCAUGCCUAA